GUCAAUAAAAGCCUGGAAUCACAUGACAAUGAGCUCCAGAAGAUGAGGGAAAAGGAAAAAGAAUUGAAUUCAGUCAAUCAAAGUCUGACUGAAACAAAGACAUCACUAGAAAAUCAGCUCCAGCAAGUAAAGUCAAACUUUAAACAAAAAGAAAAAGAACUGGAAUCAGAGAUUAAAAGACUGACUGAGACAGAGACUUCUCAUGAAAAAGAUCUCCAUAAAGUGAAAUCUGACCUAAAACAGAAAGAAGAAGAACUAAAAUCAGUCAAUAAAAGCCUGGAAUCACAUGACAAUGAGCUCCAGAAGAUGAGGGAAAAGGAAAAAGAAUUGAAUUCAGUCAAUCAAAGUCUGACUGAAACAAAGACAUCACUAGAAAAUCAGCUCCAGCAAGUAAAGUCAAACUUUAAACAAAAAGAAAAAGAACUGGAAUCAGAGAUUAAAAGACUGACUGAGACAGAGACUUCUCAUGAAAAAGAUCUCCAUAAAGUGAAGCUGGAAUCACAUGACAAUGAGCUCCAGAUGUUGAAAUCUGCACUGAAACAGAAAGAAGAAGAACUAGAAUCAGUUAAUAAAAGACUGGCUGAAACAGAGAUUACUCAUGAAAAGGAAAUCCAGAUGAUGAGGGAAAAAGAAAAAGAACUGGAGUCAGUUAUUCAAAGAAUGAGUGAAACAAAGACAUCACUAGAAAAUGAGCUGCAUGAAGUGAAGUCUAACCUCAAACAAAAGGAAAAUGAACUACAAUCAAUUAUUAAAAGACUGACUGAGACAGAAACUUCUCAUAAAAAAGAGCUCCAUAAAGUGAAGUAUGACCUUAAACAAAAAGAAGAAGAACUGAUAUCAGUUUCUAACAGACUGGCUGAAACACAGACUGCUUAUGAAAAUGAGCUCCAUGAGAUGAAAUCUGCUUUAAGAGAAAAUGAAGAACUAAAAUCAGAGAUUAACAGACUGACUGAAACAAAGACAUCACUAGAAAAUCAGCUCCAGCGAGAGAAGUCGAACCUUAAACAAAAAGAAGAAGAACUGGAAUCGGAGAAUAAAAGAUCUGCUUUAAGAGAAAAUGAAGAACUAAAAUCAGAGAUUAACAGACUGACUGAGAGAGAAACUUCUCACAACAAGGAGAUCCAGGAGAUUAGGAAAAAAGUAGAACUAGAGACAAUGAAUAAAAGAUCAAUUUUAGGACAAAAGGAGGAAGAAGUGAGAUCACUAAAUCAAAGUUUGACAGACAUGGAGAAAAAACUCAUUGUGACAGAAAACUCUCUGAGACGAAAACAGCAAGAAUUCACUUCCUUCAAAGACAGAAUGGCAGGACAGUUAUUUGUUUCCAAACCUGCUGCAGAAACUGAAGACCUUCAUAAGCAGAAAUUAGAGGAAACAAUAUCUGCUCUAAGAAACAAAGAAGAAGAAUUGAAAUCAUUGAAUGAAAGGCUUACCAAAACAAAGGCAUCACAUGAAAAUGAUCUUUAUCAUAUGAGAUCUGAACUGAAACAAAAAGAGGAAGAAGUGAAAUCCCUCAAACAGAGACUGCAGGAAUCAGCAGAUGUGAGAUCCAGCCCCCAGCGUUGUAACCCACAAAGAUGUGAACACAAAGAAAGUAUGACUCAGAUGGAGACGUUUUACAAAGAGAAGCUCACAAAGGCCCAAUCUGAAACAGUCAAAAAACAGAAAGAACUGAAAUCAGUCAAAGACAGACUGGCAACACAGAUGGCCGCUUCACUAAAAACAGGAGACACUGAGAGCAUGAACAACCCGGUCAGUAAAACCAGACUGACUGAGAUGUACGACAACCUGAAACUGCUGCAGUGGCCUAAAGUCAAAGAUCAGCUGAAGUCCAGGAAGAUCAACCCAAAGGAGGCCAAAGAUCUGAUUCAGAAAACAUUUGGAAAUGCAUCAGAUAAAAUGAAGAGAAGGAAGCAGCAGAUAGAAGAGAUGUUCCAACAGUCUGAGUCCAGCGGUGGACUGACUCCUCAGAAGGUUAAAGAGUACAGACAGCUCACAGUUCAGAACCUGCAGAUGGUUCUGUUCCACACCAACAAAGAAGAACUUCUGAAGACUGGUUUCCCAGAAUGUUUAGGUGAAUUUCCAGAGGAAGUGAAGGUGGAUCUGAGACCUCUGACCUCUGAAUGCUACUGGCUGAGCUGCUUGAUGGCUCUAAACAAUCCUCCUCUUCAGCCAGACUGGAAGAACCAUGUUCCUGGGUUUGACUCUUCCUGGGAUAUUUUUCCUCGAGAAAUCAAACCACCUGUCAUGUAGAAGAAGCAGAUGCAGCAAUGAGGAAAACAGAUUCUGACAUCACUUCUUGUUUCUUAAUUUUUAUAUUAAGGGUAUUUGUUCAUUUGUGGGAUUUCCUUUGUAUAACAAUAUGACAAAUAGAAAAAGAAAAGGGGAAUUCUUUCUACUUUUAAGCUGGAGUUCUUACCGGGAAACAUAGCUGCUGUAUUUUAAUACCUGGAGUUUUUUUCUAUAUCUUUAUUUUUUUCUGCACUCUGAAAAAAAUCCAUUGAAGAUUCUUAGAAAACACAAAUCAUGUUAAUGUAUAUAUUAGCCUUCAAAUGCAUCUUCUACACGGAGUUUGGUUUUGUAGUCUGAAAUGUUUGUGAAAGUGAGUUGAAUUAUGUCGAAGUCAAGGUACCAAUCCACGACCAGAGAGAUGCUGGAAAUCAACAAACAAAAUCCCUCUGGAUGGUUAUUGUACCUGCAGUCACAGUAAUAUUUUUUAAGAUUGUCUGUAGAUGUUGACUUCAGAGAUCUAAUCCAAGUCUUCCAAACAAACACCUCUUACAUAAAUGUCAUCAUUAUCAAUUUUAUUUUCAUUUUAAUGAAAAGCAGCUGCAUGGAGAUGGAUUGGUUGCCACUUCUGCCUUGGAGGAAGAAGAUCCUGGGUUUCACUCACAUGUUACCCUGUUCCUUAUUGGAGUUCUGUCCAGGUCCAAAAACAUGAUUUCUAUGGAUGAAUAAAAAAUAAUCAAUAUCUGGA